AUGUGUUAUUCAGAACAAGAAGAGAUACAGUUUUCAAGUAAAAUUAUAACGGAGACCGAAAAUGUAUUACCUAAAUCACACAUGAGUGAUACACAUCACCAUAUAACAGUCAGUGAAACCGACAGUCUAACACCUAUCAAACUGAACAAUAAUACUGAUUGCCUGCAUAUAAACAGUACAAUUGACUGUAUGAAUGAAAAUGAAGAAGAAACACGAAAUGUGGAAUUGAAGUAUUUAAAAAAACAGAUUGAAUAUUUUGAAUUUCGUAAAAAGGAUUUGGAAGGCGUCGUAUCAAACCGAAUCCUGAAGACUGUACAAAUUAUAUCAGAUGAUAAAAUCAUUGUUCCAGUAAUACCGCUCAGUGCUACAUCUAGGCAGAAUGACGAUAAAAAUUGUGAUAAGGAUACUGAUUCUGCUACAUGCACAAUUGAUAGGAAUAAUCAUAUGCGUUGUUCCAUUUUUGAUAAAGUGAUUGGUCCAGAUGAUGCUGCCAACAAUGACUUGCUAAGGAAAAUCAUAAAGUCAGCUCCUAGUUGUUUGAAGGGGUGUAACUUAGGAAUAAUAGUUUAUGGUUCACAACAAAGCAAGAAAUCGUUUACAAUGUUUGGUAAACCUAAUGAGGAACAGAUGACCGUACAUGUUAAUAACGAUAUGGAUGGGGUAAUGUAUAAUAUAACGAAUGUACUGCUAGCAGUGAUUAGCCAGCAAAAAAUGGAGAACUGGAAUUAUACCGUACGUAUUAGAAUCUUGCCAGUGCAAGAUAACUGUGCGAAAGAUGUGUUCAGAGAGGUGAACUCAACAUUGAUAAAGACAGUAAAAUCAUAUAUCACCGACGAUAACAAAGAAGAGAAUGAACAAAAUUGGAUACCAACAUCAUUUUGGAAGAGUUUGAAUUAA